ACGCCGCAGAAACGUUUUUCUAAAAGUGCCGUAUGGCUAGUAGCGUGAUUAUUUUAAACAUGGCUCACUGUAAUCUGAAGUUUAUUCGCAUUUUCUGAUGUUUUGCUCGCUCCGUUUCGUUUGCAUGGUCAAGUACUUGGCUAUGAGAAUGAGCUCUCCGUAUUUCAAGAGCAAAAGUACAGUCCGCUCAUGCUGCUCUAGAGAUGAUCCUGAGGCCAAAACUUCACGUAAAGGAGGAGGGAUCCGGGGAUUGAAGGCCGAAAUGAGUAAAGGUAUGGAGAGAAGCGGGGUGCGAGUAAAGGAGGAAACCGAGGAGCACAGAGUUUCUCUCACUGAGGAGUCUCCACCUAAACAAGCUGCACUAGGAGAGACUGCAGAAAUUAAGGAAGGCCUGAGGGACGGACCCGUACCUUUAAAAUCACCACAGACACCAAGGAGGGGCCAUAUUAAAGUGGAGUAUGAGGAAGACGGUCCCAGAAUGAAGAAGGAACCCUGGGAGCCACCUGAUUGGAGGACGCAGCUGUCCUUCAUUAGGGAGAUGAGGAGUGGGCGGGAUGCUCCUGUGGACCAAAUGGGCGCAAACAAAUGCUUUGACCCACAGGCUCCUCCUGAGGUGAUGCGCUAUCAGGUGUUGGUUUCUCUGAUGUUGUCCAGUCAGACAAAGGACCAGGUGACCGCUGCAGCAAUGCAGCGCCUGCGCACACACGGCCUCACCGUGGCCACCAUCCUCAAAACGGACGAUGACACACUGGGAAAAUUGAUCUACCCUGUCGGGUUUUGGAGGACGAAGGUUAAGUACAUAAAGCAGGCAACAGUGAUGAUCCGUCAGGAGUUUGGUGGAGAUAUUCCCAACACUGUUGAGGGUUUGGUGCAUCUGCCUGGUGUCGGCCCCAAGAUGGCCCAUCUCGCCAUGGCCAUUGCCUGGAACCAAGUCUCCGGCAUCGGAGUGGACACACAUGUCCAUCGUAUCUGUAACAGACUGGGAUGGACUCGCACCAAGACCAAGAACCCAGAGGAGACCAGACAGGCACUAGAAGACUGGCUACCAAGAGAUCUGUGGCAGGAGAUAAACUUGCUGCUGGUGGGCUUUGGACAGCAGGUGUGUUUACCUGUUGGGCCUUUGUGCUCUACCUGUCUAAACCAGCACACCUGUCCUUCCGCUCAUCUCACCUCACCCAAUAAAAGGCCUAAACCUGGUUCUCCGCUCUCCCCUGGAGAGCCAGCUACCCCAGUGAAGAACCCUAAGAUCAAACAGGAAAGCGUGACCACACAGAUCAAGGAAGAACCUACCAAUGUUCCUCUUUCACCAGCUUGUUCCCAAAGGAGAAAGGCCAAAAGCAAAAAUGAGGGACCUUUGGAGGCAAAAGCACCUAAAGAAGAACUGACAGCCGUUCCUUUGGCUUCUGACACUAAAGAACAAGAAAAUGAAGCAAAGCCUGGGCCUGAAUCUGAUCGGCCAAGAAGAGGAAAGGGAACGACGAGAGCGCCCCCUACAGCAAGGAUUAAAGAAGAACAGAAAGACAGACCUUCAUCCUCUCGUCCAAGACGUAGAACUAGAACCAUUAAGCAUUGAGCUAUAUGAGCUAACUUGGGAUCCAGUCCCACAUAGACAAGUUUGUCUAUAAAAUCAAAUUCACUUCACUCCCCCUGAACCUCACAUGAAGCUGAUCAGUUAAGACAAGCUUGUUUCUUUACUGGUGACUUUGGUCAUUGGUUUUAAAGGGGGGCUAUGACACUCAAAUUGCUUCCAAAGACAAGAAAUGCGUAGUCACCCAGAUCUUUUCCAUAAACUGCAGAAAAUCACAUCCAAGUCUUUAUUAAGUCACAAAGGCUUGUUGAUGUGGUUCAGGACACAGUGUGACUAACUGUGAGCUGUAAAGAUUAAUAAAACUCCAGUGUAGCAGAAGGCUAGCCUGCCUUUUUGGCUUCAUAUGGAAGUUUUGUUCCUUUCUAUUGUCUGUUUAAUACACUGUAUAGUACAGUACACUGUAUAAUAUGGUAUAUUUUAUGGUGCGCUACACUAAAGUAGCAAACGUUAGACACCACAACGUUCAAGAUAUGUAAUACAUAUUUUUCAACUUUUUGCAAACUGUACUUUGCCUCCUUUUUAUAAGAACUGUACAUCGCUGCUGUCGGAGCAAAACCUUGUAUUUCCAGAAUGGUGACUUUACAGGAGAAGGAAAAAACAUACAUUACUUUUAAUGUAAGUCACUGGAACCAGAUGUUUUUCAAGUUGUUUUAAGAUACAAGAUAAAAGGUUUUAUUCUGACAGCAGCGAUAUGUUCAUGUACUGGUGUAUUGUCAGAGUAAACUGUGAGAUACAGCGAUCAGGCACAACAUUCUGACCACCUCCUUAUUUCUGCACUCACUGUCCACUUUAUCAGCUCCUCUUACUGUA